CGACUCCGGUCAGUCCAGUCCGCCGCGAGCCAUCGAUCGGGUGGAAUCGUUCUGCCACGUCUUUGAAUUUUAUACGCCUGUCGAAAUAUAAUUUAUCUACUCGAUUGCCCCUACGCGCCAAGUUUGGGAAUGCGUCCCGCGCGACCUCGUUGAAUGUCAGUGAGUCGUUUGUACGAGCAAGGACAGUAGGAGUCUAAAAAGUCGGUGAUAGCCAAAAACCGACAGAAUGAGGAACUCGACGUUACUGAAAUGGGCGCAGAAUUCGGCGAACAAUAAAAAUCAGCCGAACAAAAACGGAGGAACGAACAGGAACUGGAUACACCCACCGGACGCGCUCCAAAAAGGACACAUCGCCUACCUAGUCAAGUAUUUGGGCAGCACAGAGGUAGAUCAACCUAAAGGCAUCGAUGUCGUCAAGGAGGCGAUUUGCAAGCUGAAAUUUAAUCAACAACUCAAGAAGAGUGAAGGCACGAAAACGCCAAAGGUCGAGCUUACCAUUAGCAUUGACGGCGUGGCGAUACAGGAACCAAAAACAAAAUUGACGACCAAGCGAAUUAUGCAUCAAUAUCCGUUACAUAGAAUUUCGUAUUGCGCCGACGACAAAGGAGAGAAGAAAUUUUUCAGUUUCAUUGCGAAGGAGGAGGAUGCAGAAAGGCAUACGUGCUUUGUUUUUGUCAGCGAUAAAUUAGCUGAGGAAAUCACACUCACCAUCGGUCAAGCCUUCGACUUGGCUUACAGGCGGUUCCUAGAAACGUCUGGUAAAGAUCUGGAGGCGCAACGACGCUGCAUGGUACUACAGCAAAAAAUAAAACGACUUGAACACGAAAACAAUGUUUAUCGGCAACGGUUGCAAGAUAUCGCAGCUAUUAAAGGCUCGACGGAUGUGUCGGCGUAUCUAUCACAGCAUAAUCUGCCCGACAUUCUUCACGUACCUGGAGCUCCGACAGACUCGCCGCAAGUCAAUGGCACGAUUAGCAAAACAUUGCUAAACACGAGCAGCGACAGUAAUGGAAAUACGUCUAAUGGACCCCAGCAACCACCGCCAGUUCCGCCGAGAAGUUUCGAGAAAAGUUUCGACGAUGAUUUCAUGGCAAAUGAGCCAGUGCCUACGCCGUCGGUUGGUACGAAAUUGGAAGGGCUGCUGAUGGACGAAUUUGAGGAAGAUUUCAAUCCAAGGGCUUACGAGACCGCUGCCAAUGGUCUUGCCAAUCAUAUGUCAAAUAACAAUCCGCUUCUUAAUGGUCAAGUAUCUUCCGGAUCAAGCUUCUUCUCGCAACCUAAUGGCACAACCAGUCCUCCGCCUCUAUUGGCGCCACCACCAAAGACGAAAGAUUCGAGACGUCAAAAUGGAGUUAAAGAAGAUCUGUUCGGUAGCAUUCCUUUCAAUCCCACGCCGACCCUAAAUAUAAAGAAUGAAUUUAAGGAUCCAUUCGAAAUGGGAGAAUUCGGAGCUUCGACUAUGACGUCAAAUCCUAGCCAGCAGGAAUUGGAAAAUGCUAUUGGGCUGUUAGAUAAGAGGCUACUGGAGAUGAAGGAUGGUUUUAGUAGAGGGCUGUGCAUUGGAACUGAUGAUUUUUCUUUGGAGAGCUUGGACCCGCUGCGAAAUUAAACUCGUCGAGCAAACCUAGGAGCGCUCGAACAAGAACUUCAUUAGUACUCUCGGAUGUAGAGGACGAAAGGAUUAAAUAAUUAGAAAUUAUGUCCGUGUAAAACCAAAAUUAGUCAAUUAUUACUUGCUCGUAUAUUUAUGAUCAUGAUAUUUAUGAUACAUAUAUGAAAUAAUUGUAUAAGGCGUGUAUCCUUCUACGCUUGUUAUAAUCUGUACUAUUUUGGUCGCUUUAGAAUUGGGGUCCAAUUUUAAUAACGCACUAGGAACGCGUUAUCGUUGUUAAUAUGAGACCAGAUCUCAAGUUGACCGCUAGAAUGGAACGAGAUAUUAUUCUAAUCGAGGUCACGUAAUUUUAGACGAGAAUUGUUUUACACGUGCGGCAUGUGCAUACCCACAUAUAUAUGCAUAUAUAUACUAAAAUAGAUCUUAUCGCGAAUCUCUCAUAUCGAUGAUGGUAUGCUUGCGUCUUUUAUAUUUUUUAAUGAGAUAUUAAAAAAAAAAAGAACUAAUGAAUAUUGUAAUCCCGCAGCCACCAAAUCGAAUAAUGGUGAAGGCCGAGUAAUCUCUUAAAUUCUAAGAGAUUAAUUAAAAGAAAUUCGCAAUAUAUAUUUUAUACUCGGCUUAGUUUAUAAAUUAGUCUUUUCAUGUCAUUCAAUCAUCUGUUAAAAAGUGAGUUAGUAAAUGAUAAAAAUGAAGUACUAACUAUCCAUAGUGUUAGAGAUCCCACUAAUAAUAUGAACGCAUUGCUUUUAUAGUCCAUCAAUUGAAUUCGUAUACUCCACAUAUCCUCUUUCUUUGGUCUAUUGUAUUUUUAUUCUCUACACCUUUCUUUUAAAGACAAUAUAAUCGGAAAGGUUUAAUUCUAAGAGCAUGAUAUUCUAGUUGUAUAUUUUACAGUAAUCUCUGUAUCAUGAUAAUAAGUAGACCAAUGUAACAUGGAGUGUUAAACGAGUUCACGCUACAACAAAGAGGAUUAAUAAUUAUGUACAUAUGGAAUUCUGUAUCUCUUAUUAUUGUUGCUAUAUUGUUUAAGAAUCAUAGUUAAGAAUAUAGCAUAUGAUUAUUACAACUGAAA